ACUUACAUGAAGUAUGUGUUACAAUUAAACCAUGUGCUUUUAGAGUGUACACAUCGAGCUCGAGUGAAUUUGGAGUGUUAAUUUGGAGUGCUACAGCUGUGAGGAACAGAGAUUGACAAGAUGUUGAUUUGAUUCUCCAGAUCUCAGAUGUCGCUGUAAUGAAUGCACUCAAGGACAGUGCAGUGGUGGUUACCCAUACAGUUGUGCCAGAAAAAUACAGGAUCACAGAUGAUAACAAAAAAGGAAUACUUAAGAGCCCUGUAGGUAUUACAAUGGGUCCACUUGGCAACGUUUUCAUCAGUGAUGUUGGAACUGGGAAAAUUCUGAAAGUCAGAGCUUCUCACUAUCCAGCAAGUGUAGCAGUUGAAGUUGACUCUCUGGACUGCCCAGUUGGAGUUGCUUUCAAUAAUGGUGUUCUCCACAUCGCAGAGUCAAGAAAGAGUACCAUUGUAUACAAAGAUCUUACUGGAGAAACUGUAGUUGAUCCUAGCAAGCUAACUGUUAAGCAACUGCAAGCUAAACUAAAGGAUGCAGGAGCCUGGGAGGAUAGUGACAAAAGGAAAAGUAAGAAGCCUUUAAAGGAAAAGUUGCCAAAAAUCUUAAAUGAAAAAGCAUCAAAGAAGAAGUCAAAGAUCUGUAACCACCUACAGUUAGAGCAGGACAUCACACAUCCUCUGUCUUUGACCUUUAAUAAAGAUGGUCAUCUUUUUGCAUCAACGAAAGAGGGGAAAAUUUUCAAGAUAAAAGUUGAAAGCAACCUUGUCAGCUUGUCAGGAACGGUUCUUGCUGAAAUAUCACUGAAUUGUGGCCUUUUGUAUGGACUAGCACUUGUGAAUGAGAAAUUGUACGCUGCAUCCCAUGAUGAUAAUGGAUGAAUCUAUGUGGUAAAUUUCCAGGAUGGUACAUCUGAGAAAGUUGCUAGCAAUGGGAAUGAAUGCUCCAAGGUCCAUAGCCUUACAAUGUACGAAAACAGCUUGAUGUUUAGUGAUACUGGAGAUCACUCUAUAAGUGUUCAAUCCUGUCACACAGGAGUGCACUCCACAUCUAGCAAACGGAAAGGUAACAAGAGAUGGAAAGAGUGCCCAGUUUGUCCAGCCAGCAGGGUUGAUUGCCGAACGAAGAAUAGUGUUUAUAGUUGAUUGUUCAAUGGGUUGCUUAAGGAUGGUAAGCAAAUUUUCUCCACUGGUUAAAUAACUUGAGAAUUUAAGAGAGUUUGCCAGCACAUUAGGCUUACACCAAAAGAAGCAGACUCCUGUGUCCUUUACACUUGACAGAGCGAUUACCAGAAUUCAAGACAUAUACAGCUUUAACUGCCAGUGCGUAAAUCAAGUGAAAGCUUUCCUUGGGACAACAGCCCAGACACAAGGUCCCCAAGGUACUGUUUCUACAGUUGUCUUAAAGGAUGAGAAUA